AUGUUUCUCAGCAUAUCUUUUAGGCAGACCUUUCCGGCUGGAUUUCUGGUGGAUUAUGCAUGUGUCUGCAUAUGUUCUUUUUCUUUUUUACUUCCACAAAAGAACAACUGAUAGUUGGGAGCAAUCUUCUCUAAAACUAGCUAAUGGAUUUUCUUGGAUACCUGCCUAGACAAGCAACUAGGAAAUGGUAACAUCAGUACCUGUGGAGUUUAUUGUGUGUCUACUUUUGAAAAGACUAGGUUGGAAAUCUGAGCCUAGAAAUUUUUGUGCUGGUAGAGAUGGAUUCAGAGAAUUUGCAUAGACUGCCUGUUAUUAACAAUUUUCUGGCUGGAGCUCAUGUAGAUGUCACAGAAAGGACUGUAUCAGGAGGGAUGCAUUUCCAAGACAGCAAAAGAAAAGUGGACUAUGUUUUAGUUUACCAUUACCGAAAACGAACCUCACAUGUUGGGGUUGGUUCUCCAGGACUCUUGCACAGACCUGGAUCUCUGGCUAUUAUUUCUAAUGGGGAAACAGACAAAAACCAACCUGAACAACAACAGCAGCAACAGGGCCAGGAUGCACCUUGUCCAGACACUGAAAUUAUUCAUCUGGGUCCACUGGAUGUUUUGGAGGAAGAAAAAUGGGAACAGAGGAAUGAGUUUGAAUGUAACUUGAUAGAAGCUGGACUGGAAAUAGAAAAGGAUGUGGAGAAUAAAAACCAAGGACUGAUUUUUGUCCGGAUACAUGCACCAUGGAAUGUACUUAGUCGGGAAGCAGAGUUUCUUAAAAUAAAAAUGCCCACUAAAAAGACAUAUGAAAUAAAAGAAGAAGAAGGAAUUAUCCAAAAGCUUUCUGAAAUAUGGCACAAAUUUACAGAACCUUUGCAGCCCAAAGUGCCACGGAAAAACAAUACAAGGAUGAAGAAUUUAUCUUACCCUUUUUCCAGAGAAAAAAUUUAUUUGUACAACAUUCAGGACAAAGAGACAUUUUUUGACAAUGCUAUCCGCAGUAGAAUAGUACAUGAAAUUUUGAAGCGCACAUAUAGUACAAAAGCAAAAACCAGCAAGGGUAUUAAUACAUUAAUAGCAAACAAUGUAUAUGAAGCAGCAUACCCCCUUCAUGAUGGUGAAUAUGAAGAUGAAAGCAAAGAAAUGAAUGACAGAAAGUUACUGUAUCAAGAAUGGGCCAGAUAUGGCACAUUUUACAAGUUUCAGCCUAUUGACCUCAUAAGAAAGUAUUUCGGAGAAAAAAUUGGAAUGUAUUUCGCCUGGCUGGGUUUAUACACAGAGUUUCUUAUUCCAUCUUCUAUAGUUGGAAUCAUAGUGUUCCUGUAUGGAUGUGUAACCAUUGAAAGUGACAUUCCUAGCAAGGAGAUGUGUGACCAUCACAAUGCUUUUACUAUGUGCCCUCUCUGUGACAAGACAUGUGACUACUGGAAUCUUAGCACAGCUUGUGCUAUAGCACGUGCCAGCCACUUAUUCGACAACCCUGCUACAGUCUUUUUCUCCAUUUUCAUGGCACUCUGGGCCACAAUGUUUCUUGAAAACUGGAAACGUUUACAGAUGAGGCUGUGUUACCUCUGGGACCUAACAGGCUUAGGAGAAGAAGAAGAACAUCCCAGACCAGAAUAUGAAACGAAAAUACUACAGAAGAAGUCAAGAACUGAAAAAAGCAAAAGAAUAAGUCAAGAUGAGGAUGAAAAGGAUGAAAAGGAAAAGGAGAAACUGACUUGGAAAGAUCGUACCCCUGGUUAUCUGGUGAACUUGGCAUCUAUCUUAUUUAUGAUUUCACUGACGUUCUCGUUAGUCUUUGGUGUGAUCGUAUAUCGUAUAACUACAGCAGCAGCACUGUCAAUGAGUACCAAUGAAUCAACCAAGUCAAAUGUCCGUGUUACAGUGACAGCAACUGCUGUCAUCAUUAACCUCGUUGUGAUACUUAUCCUAGAUGAGAUUUAUGGAAUGGUUGCCAAAUGGUUAACAGAAAUGGAGAUACCAAAAACAGAAAAAGCCUUUGAGGAGAGGUUAAUUCUGAAGGCUUUCCUGCUGAAAUUUGUUAACUCCUAUGCACCGAUUUUUUAUGUGGCAUUUUUUAAAGGAAGGUUUGUUGGACGACCGGGCAAAUAUGUCUAUGUGUUUGCUGGUUACCGAAUGGAAGAGUGUGCUCCAGGAGGCUGCCUAAUGGAACUCUGCAUUCAGCUGAGCAUUAUAAUGUUGGGAAAACAGUUGAUUCAAAACAAUGUUUUUGAAAUAGGAGUCCCCAAAUUAAAGAAACUGUUUCGUAAACUGAAGGAUGAGAGGUCUGAGACAAAGGAAAGCAAUUCUAAUCUCUCUAAGCAACCUCAGCAAUGGGAACUAGACUAUGUCUUGGAACCUUUCACUGGGCUGACUCCAGAAUACAUGGAGAUGAUCAUACAAUUUGGCUUCGUCACACUCUUUGUUGCUUCCUUUCCUCUGGCCCCAGUGUUUGCCUUGCUCAAUAAUGUUAUUGAAGUCCGCCUUGAUGCCAAAAAGUUUGUCAGUGAGCUAAGAAGACCUGAUACAGUAAGAGCAAAAGAUAUUGGGAUUUGGUUUAACAUUUUGAGUGGCAUUGGAAAAUUUUCAGUUAUAAUUAAUGCAUUUGUCAUUUCUAUCACUUCUGAUUUCAUUCCACGCCUUGUCUAUCAAUAUGCAUACAGCUUUAAUGGAACUAUGCAUGGCUUUAUCAAUCACACCCUCUCAUACUUCAAUGUCAGCGAUUUUAAGACUGGAACGGAGCCAGAAAAUUCACAGUUUCAACAGGAAGUUUCUUUUUGCAGAUUUAAGGAUUAUAGGGAAGCUCCAUGGUCUGAAAACCACUAUGAAUUCUCGAAGCAGUACUGGUCUGUUCUGUCUGCUCGUUUGGCAUUUGUCAUUAUUUUUCAGAACCUGGUAAUGUUCCUUAGCAUGCUCGUUGAUUGGAUGAUCCCAGAUAUUCCCAAGGAUAUUAGUGAACAGAUCAAGAAGGAGAAGAGUGUGCUGGUUGACUUCUUCCUGAAAGAAGAAUAUGAGAAAUUGAAACUGAUAGAAAAUUUUAUAAUGCAAGACAAGCAAAGUAGUAAGAGUGACAGAAGAGGAAAGAGAAAUCGGGCUGCCAGUUUUUGCCAGUUCAGCCACAGUCAACGAGGCAGUUUUACAUCUUUCAGUUCACAGCAUACAGAUGUGUGACCUCUAAAGGGCAUAUUUACUACAAGUUAAUUAUUUAUUCCCUCUCUACAGAGAACCUUGACAACUGUAGUUGACAGCUGUAGAUAGGGGCUUGAGUUCUGUGAUCUUACUCUCAUCUUGCUACAGUUCCCAAUAACUGUCCUCAUGAACCAUAUUGAGCAUUUGUAUAUCUCUUGUAUGAAUUGAAUUUGAAGGAGGAAUGUGGAAAUGAGUCAGAAGAGCAAAAUGGUUAUAGAUCUAGCCAAGGAGAUCAUAUUGAUUUUUCAGUAACACCAGCUUUUAACACUAUAUAAUAUCCAACUUCACAAUGUACUCAUACAAUGUAAAGUGAUACAAUCCUGUACAUCACAUUUGGUCUUCUUUUAGUUGCCAUGGGAUUCCUGGUUGUUGUUGAUGAAAUAAAUUAACACAGGUGACCCUCUAGAAUAUAUUUAGAUUUCAGCAAUCAUUUCACUUACACAGUUACCUGAUGAAAUCCAACUUUGGUCCUGUGCUUUUAAAAUAGCCUGGCACAGUCCAAGGAAGCAGGAAAAGCUUUUCCAUUAAAAAACAAAAAGUCUGCUGCUAACCUUAUGAGGGUCACUGAGACAAGACUGGUCAGCCUAGGUGAAUCACUAAUUAUACUGAAAUGAAAAGAGCAUAUUGAUAUUUGUAGAGGACUUAAAGCAGUUAAAGGGCCAAUACAUUUCCCAAAGACACAUUGUAAUUCUGUGAAGGCAAUAAGCACAAUGAUGGGCAGGCCAUGGUCUGGGCAAAACAGCAGGAUUAGAUGCCCUCCCUAUUCAGACCAUGUCACCAGUUAGCAGACAUUCUCAGCCUGCCACCAAUCUACCAUUGGCAGAAUUCCUGUGCACAAAUCAUUAUAUUAAAACUGUUAUAAAACUUCUAUAGUUUAGUGUUGAUAUGCCAAAAGAACAUAAUAAAUUAAUUAGUUAUGUGCACAAAUGUACAGUUUGUCAACACUUAUGAGGCAAAAAUUCCUCUUGGUGCUUUCAGUGGCAUCUCUCUAUCAGACACCUUUUGAACUCUGUUCAGUGAACAUGUGGGGCUGAAACAUAUGGAGCUAUUAAAGAACAAAUAUAUAUGGUCAUCAAGCAAUUUAGUAUUCUAUAAUGAUGCUAUUCACUCAGCAAUAGCAUAAUUAAAAUACUGACAAAAUAAAAGUUUUGCUGCAAGAUUGACCUCUUGUCUUGAAGAUGUAAAUCCACUCAUUUCCACAUGCAUAAAUGAAAGUGCAUCACACCAUUCAUGAAGUUCAUUCAUGUGUAAAUUAGAGUCUGACACACUGCAACAUCUGUAGCUGUAGGAGAGGCUGCUUCUAUUGUACUCCUUUGUUCUUUCCCAGUCCAUUGUUCUCCCACUCCAUCUCAUAAAGUGGAACACUAUUAUGUCUGUUGAUCCAACCCAAGAAGGAAUUGGGGUAAGAGUACAGCAGUGGGAAUCCUAUCCUUCUAAUAACUGCAACUGAAAAUUAGGUAAUUAAGUUAGAUUGAUUGUAAGUACCAAUUAUUUUUGUAACCGUUAUCUUCGUCUCCCCUCCUUCUCUCGUCUUCCCCAUUUUCUAAUUUGCUUUUUAGUGGAGUGGAGGUACAUGUCUAUUUUAUUUUUUAUUUUUUAUUUUGAAUGUAUGUACACCAAAGCCAUUAUGAAUGAAAUAACAGCUGUAGCUUAAAAGAUGGAUUUUUCUCAAAAUCUAUACAAAUGAUGGGGCAAGGAUCAAUUCCCCCCACCACUUUUCAUAUACAAGGAAAAAACAAUGGCAAUUUUUAGAAUGACAAUAAAUGGUAUUGUGCACAGUUCACAGUACAGAACGACCAUGAACCAACAUAAAUCAGAGCAGGUGGAAAAUAUAUUUUAUGCCUUUUAUGUUACACUGCUUUAACUAGAAGAGAUCUAAGAAUGUGAUGUUAAGCAUUAAAACCAAUGCAGCUUUUAAGGGGUUUAACUUUGGCUGGAUUACACUUAUCGUUUGCUGUACAUUUAUAAUAAUUGAGAUGUUCCUAUGCAUGUAUUUUGUUGACAAAAUCACUAGUUAGAAAAUGAUCAAAAUGUAUCUAAUGAAUACUACUUUUCUCUUUGAAAAAAAAGUUUUCUUUUAACAAGUUAUGCCUCCUUCAAUGCUUCUUAUUGAUAUACUAAUUGUACCCAUGGAGUGAAACAGGAAUGCACACUGUACCUCACCCUAUGCAAAACUUUCCUUUGUUUGAAGGAAAAAAUUACAUUUAUUCAAGUGUAUGCAAUUGCAGAGGUAUGUGUGACUGGGAUAAGGCAGCAUUCUUGAUCAUAUGAAACUUGGAAUAGUCCUUGGAAACUCUGAAAUAGUCCUGGUAAACAUUCUUGAAUUCAGAGGUUGAGAUCGUUGAGUCACAUAACUCACAUGCCCAUUUCCAUCUAAUGGUGUCUGGAAAGGCUGUUGUGGUUUUCUGUAAAACCUUACAACUGGCUCAAAGUGUCUUUUUUUUUUUUUUGGGUACAUUUUUACAUUAAAUUAAUUUCAAUUCCAAUCUAAAUUUCAAUUAAUGCUAACUGAUU